AUGCCAUCACUGGAAGUAAUUGUUCGCUUGUCAUUACUGUUUGCACUCACAGUACAGGCUUCGGUAAGUUUGGAAGGGAACUCGAGCGAUUUCCAGCAACAGCCCAACCUCCAGGGUCCGACGACGACGGAAUGGCCCUCUCUCCGAUUCAACUUCUCGCUCAAGCGCAGCUCCAUGACAGUGCACGGCCAGUCAGAAUUCUCCAUGGUCGCUGAUCCUGUCGUAUCGGUUGACGGUUCACACGUGGCUUACAAUGCGUUCGCCACCUUCCGGCAAGACACAGUGAUCCACAAUUACACGCUCGUCGACGGCGCCGCCUACUACGCGACCAGGAAUGCCGAUAAUGUCACGGCCUCUCCUGCAGUAAAGUGUAUGGACCCUGAACCCGACAAUUUACCGCCAAUCAAUGCAAUCGCAGCAGCGCUGAACCACGCCACACCAGUUACCAGCGUUCCCCCCGGAAUGGGCAGCAUCCAGUGCUCGAAAGACAACCUGUUCAAGGUAGCUGUAAAUGGUAUCGACUUUGCGUUGUGCGCUUCUGGAUCGUCGGGGUUGAAGAUGUACGGAAACGAUAUGAACAUCGCAAUGCAGUAUCUGGAUACGCGGAUGAACAUCUCAGUUCCAACUUUGAAUGAAGAACAGCUUCGUGAAUGCGCGGCGACUGUGCCACAAUUUGAAAUGACUUCAACUGCAAAUGCGCUUCUUAGAGGGAGACCAAGCUCAUCUGGAAAAACGCGACGACUGAAGGCGGAAUUUGAUUUUUCGUGGGGGGAUUCUACCUCGUGUUCGUGCAAGUCGACUCCGCGUCCGUGCAUUUUCAUCCACGGCAUGGGUAUCCCCACCGAAUUGCCGGACAACCAGGAUUCCUUGCCGUAUUGGGGCAACAUGACCGACCACGCGCCGUGCUGCACGUCAAUCAAGUACGCGGUCCUGGAUACCGUGAACAAUACGUGGACGAACAACACGCAGCAACAACAGGUUUGCGAUCGCGCACUUGCAGUCAGCAAAACCAGCACAAAGUCGAGAAUUGCGGAUACCAUCGUGGUUACCCACUCAAUGGGGAACCUGAUGCUGGCUGGAGCGAUCGCUACGGGGAAAUGCAGCCUUGAUUCCAGCUCGACGUGGGUGGGCAUGGCAGCGCCUAUGAAGGGAAGUAUGGCGUCCGGCUUCAUCCAGGAAUCGUGCGCCGGAAACACCAACUUCAUGCUAGAAGCAAUGGUCGAAUACAGUGGGCGGUGCCCUCCCACUACAGCGUUAAAGUCAAUGCCGUACGAGGGAGGAAGUCAUAGCACCGCCAAGCUGGAUGCUGCCUACGCAGCAGCACAAGAGGCUUAUCGGACCAACGUGUCCGCUCUGAUGUGCAGCGACAGUUUUUCAGGCCUAUUUUCAAAGAAGCAAGCUCGGCUUUGGCUGCUCGGACUGAUGGGGCAGCACAACUCUCAGCGGAAUGACGGUAUGGUGGAGUUCGAUAGCUGCGCGGCAGGAAUUCCAGCAUCAAAGUUCGGCAACACUUGGCGUGAUCGCUUCUACAGGACAAAAGUUAAUCACUACGACAUGCAGCUCAAGUAUGGGGACGCUUUGUUCAACAAAGCAAAAAUGCCGGUGAAGUGGUUCGAGUGUCUGUUGUAG